GGUGCGUGGCGCAGGAACCGCAGCCAUCAACAUGUGUUUGGUUGCGUCGGGUUGCGUUGAUGCCUACUAUGAGGUGGGGAUCCACGUAUGGGACAUUGCUGCCGGGUCGCUGCUGGUGUUGGAGGCUGGAGGAGUUCUGAUGGACGUGGACGGAGGAGAACCGGACCUGUUGUCCAGGAGAAUAAUAGCUGCUAACAACAGAACCAUCGCAGAGACGUUGGUGAAGGAGAUCGCCCCCUUCAGGCUGCCCAGAGACGAUUCUUCACCUGAGAAAUGAAAACAAAGAAACGGAUUAAAGUUUCUAAAGAUUUUCUUCUAAACAAGCGUGUCUGGAACGUCCUGUCCAGCUGCAGGUGACGGAUCAGAACCGUGAUACAUGUACGAACUGUCGGACAACUAUAACUGUAGCUUACUGUUCCAUGCAGUGCUGCGUUUUCAAUGUUUAUGAAAUAAAAU